AUGGGUGGUGAAGAAGAACACGCAUCUCCCUUAACGGUAUGCAUAGACAUUGAAGAGCAAUGCACUUCCGCAAGAGUUGGUUGCAAUGAAGAUCUGUUGGAUAGACUAGAUGAACUGGAAACUGACGAUGGCACUCCAUCUACACCGUAUGUGUUGCCAUCUUCGGAUUGUAAUGAUAUCAUUGAGGAGCCAAAGCCGGGGAUGGAGUUCAAUUCAUUGGAAGAUUUGAUGGUCUAUUAUAAGCAGUAUGCUAAAAAUUGCGGGUUUGGAGUGAUGACACAAAGGAGUGAGAGGUCAGAGGAUCAAAGUGUCAGAUAUGUCACCCUCGGUUGUGCACGGGGAGGGAAGGCUCGGAUUAAGAGUUCCAAUAUCGCCAACCCACGUCCGACGGGAAAGACGGACUGUAAGGCAAGGAUUAAUGCCUUAAGAGUCGAGGGAAAGAUGCGGUUGACAACAGUGAAUAACUCACAUAAUCAUGUAAUUAGCCCUCAGAAAUCCCGCUUCUUUCGAUGUAACAGAGAAGUGAAUGAGACUGUUAAAAGGGUCCUUGACACAAACGACUUAGCUGGUAUUCGGCUGAACAAGAGUUACGGAUCUCUUGUAGUUGGAGCAGGUGGCUUUGAGAACCUGCCAUUUUUGGAAAAGGAUUGUCGGAAUUACAUCGACAAAGCCCGCCAUCUACGACUUGGUGCAGGUGGUGCUGGAGCACUUCGUGAUUAUUUUAUGAGGAUGCAAUACAAGAAUAACGGUUUUUUUGCAUUGAUGGAUUUAGACGAUGAUGGGAGGUUAAAAAAUAUUUUUUGGGCAGAUCCACGUAGUCGGGCUGCGUAUAAGUAUUUUGGUGACGUCGUCACAUUCGACACCACGUACCUGACUAAUAGGUAUGGGAUGCCGUUUGCACCAUUUGUUGGUGUAAAUCACCACGGGCAGUCGAUUCUUUUGGGAGCUGGGUUGAUUUCCAGUGAGGACACAGAGACGUUUACAUGGCUGUUCCAAACUUGGUUGCAAUGUAUGGACGGAAUAGCUCCAAAGGCUAUUAUUACUGAUCAGGACAGAGCAAUGAAAAAUGCAAUUGCGAUAGUAUUUCCAGAAACUCGACAUCGAUUUUGCUUAUGGCAUAUACUCAAGAAAGUUCCAGAGAAGUUGGGUUCAUAUGCUGCGUACAAAAGUGGCCUGAAAACUGAGCUGAUGAAAUGUGUGUACGACACACAAACUAUUGUCGAGUUUGAAAAGCAUUGGUCCCAGUUUAUUAACACAUACCACUUACAUGAGAAUGCUUGGUUGAAAAGUUUAUACUCCGAGCGCGAGCAUUGGGUACCAGUUUUCCUGAAAGAGCACUUUUGGGCUGGAAUGAGUACAACCCAGCGGAGCGAGAGUAUGAACGCCUUUUUUGACGGUUAUGUCCAUUCGAAGACAAAUUUGAAGGAGUUUGUUGAUCAGUUUGACAAUGCGUUGAAGAAGAAAAUUGAAAAUGAAUGUGAGGCAGAAUUCCUGUCCUUUAGCGGCACCAUUCCCUGCGUAUCUAGAUCUCCAAUUGAGAAGAAAUUUCAAGAGCUGUACACCAAUGCCAAAUUUAAAGAAGUUCAACAACAAGUAAUUGGCGUGCUUGAUUUGGAUCCAGCGCUGCAGACAUCGGAUGGGGUAAUGAAGAAUUAUUUGGUAGAAGAUGAAGUUCGUAUUCAGGAGUUCACAAAACAGGUUACAUAUGCAGUGGAUUUUAAUGUCGAGGCAGGAAAAGCAAAGUGUUCAUGUGGGUUAUUUCAGAUGAGAGGGAUAUUAUGUAGGCACAUUUUGGCUGUAUUCAAAUCAAACGGUAUAAAAUCAUUGCCAGAAGGCUACAUUUUAGAUCGAUGGAGAAAGGACAUCAAGAGGAGAUACACAUUAAUUCGAAGUAGCUACGAUGCAGGGGAUGAGAGGGCAAAUGGUAAUAGACAUGCAAUUCUAUUGAAUAUGUGUUAUGAGAUGAUCGACUAUGCGGUAGAAUGUAACGAGCAAUUUGAAGAUGCAAAGAAGAGGAUACAUGAGAUGACUGGAUUAUAUCGUCAGAACCAUAACCCGUUAUCUAUGAACUGUGAAAAAGAUUUAGAACUUGUUACGACAUUGGACACAGCUGCUGCAGUUGGUAGUUCACAAGGAGUAAAGAGUCCAAUUGUUGUCAGAGGGAAAGGGAGACCCCCAUCUCUUAGAAGAGCAUCAAAGAUGGAGACAGAUAUGCGGAAGGUUAAAGCCAAACAGAAAAAAGCACAAGCAGGAGGAAAGCGCAAACAGCGAGAUGAGGGAGAUAUAGCUCCCAUGGGCACGUGCCGGAAUUUAUUUGGGGAUUCAGAAGUAGAUAUCACCAAUUCCGGAGAAGGGCAGGUUAUGAAGAAGCUGGAGAAGGACAAGUUAGAAGCAGUUUGUGUUGGGGGUUAA